CCCGCGAAUCGCUCCCGACUCUUGCUGGGCAGGGUUACAGGUCCUCCGCUUGUAAGAGAGAGCUGUCUCACAAAAUCAGACUCUCCGACACUCGGGAAACGGUGGCAAUAGAGCGGCAUCUGGAGCUGAAUGGAUGCCUUAAUGGGUCGGUGAUGCCGCGAUCGUCGGUCGGCAGGGCAAGCUAAGGAAGAAGGCUUACCGUUGCUGUCGGUAAAUCUGAGCUCCCGGGAGCAGCAGCCACGGGGAAGUGUAUGCUCUCCCCAGGAAAGAAUUGCGUUUCCAGAAAGAACACAGAGGACAGCCCCAUGUGACCUGAAGAUGGAGUAGUGAGAAAGGCAUCCCCAGGAUUCAGAGCUCCUUUCACUGUGGACUCCAGCCCCAGCCAGAGGCUGCAUGUGGAGCUGAAGAAACUGACCCACCGCUUGCUUUCCUUGAGAGCCCCCUUUCUCUCCUAAUUCAUGAGCCAGCAGGAUGCGGUCGCCGCGCUUUCAGAACGCCUGCUCAUAGCUUCGUACAAAGGCCAAACAGAGAAUGUGGUUCAGCUCAUCAACAAGGGUGCCAAGGUAGCGGUUACCAAGCAUGGCCGGACCCCCUUGCACCUCGCUGCCAAUAAGGGACAUCUUUCUGUGGUGCAGAUUUUGCUGAAGGCUGGCUGUGACCUCGAUGUGCAAGAUGACGGGGACCAGACAGCCUUGCACCGGGCCACUGUGGUGGGAAACACCGAGAUCCUCACGGCACUUAUUCGGGAGGGAUGUGCCCUGGACAGACAGGACAAGGAUGGGAAUACAGCCCUGCAUGAAGCCGCCUGGCACGGAUUCAGCCAGUCAGCCAAGCUGCUCGUUAAAGCCGGAGCCAACGUGCUUGCCAGAAACAAGGCAGGGAACACGGCUCUGCACCUGGCCUGCCAGAACAGUCACUCCCAGAGCACCCGCGUCCUCCUGCUGGGCGGCUCCCGGGCUGACCUCAAAAACAACGCAGGGGACACCUGUCUGCACGUGGCCGCACGGUAUAACCACUUGUCUGUCAUCAGACUCCUCCUCAGUGCUUUCUGCUCUGUUCAUGAAAAGAACCAGGCUGGAGACACGGCCCUCCAUGUGGCUGCUGCCCUGAAUCACAGGAAGGUAGUUAAAAUCCUGCUGGAAGCUGGUGCCGACACGACCAUUGUGAACAAUGCAGGCCAGACCCCGCUGGAGACUGCCCGCCACCACAAUAACCCUGAAGUCGCACUUCUCCUCACCAAGGCUCCCCAGAUCUUGCGCUUCAGUCGUGGGCGAAGCCUGAGGAAAAGGAGAGAGAGGCUCAAGGAAGAGAGGAGGGCGCAGUCUGUGCCCAGAGAUGAGGUGGCCCAGAGCAAGGGAAGUGUCUCGGCAGGAGACACCCCCAGCAGUGAACAAGCUAUACCCCAAAAAGAAGAAGCUAGAAGAGAUUGCCCACCAGCUUCCCAGGAGCCGAGGAAGGAGGAGAGGAGGAGAAAGUCGCGUCCAGAGGUGUCCGCGCUCUCUGACCCCACCCCAGCAGCAGACCAGCAGCCUGGACACCAAAAGAACCUGCACAGUCAUCACCACCCCAAAAAGAAGAGCAGACAUCGGUGUUGGUCCCCACCUCCGCCCCACGGGUUCAGGGCGUACCAGCUAUACACGCUGUACCGGGGCGAGGAUGGAAAAGUGAUGCAGGCGCCAAUAAAAGGUUGUCGCUGUGAACCUCUAAUCAACAAGCUGGAGAACCAGUUGGAGGCGACUGUGGAGGAGAUCAGAGCUGAGCUAGGCUCGGUGCAGGAUAAAGUGAACGCGAAGCUGGGCCAGAUGGAGAGCAAGACCCAGCAUCAGAUGUGCGUUUUGGACAAACUGAUGGUGGAACGGCUGUCCGCAGAGAGAACGGAAUGCAUGAAUCGCCUGCAACAGCAUGCAGCUGCUGAGAAGCAGGAGGGAGAGAAACGCCAGAUGUCUUUGGUAGAUGAACUAAAAGCCUGGUGCAUGUUGAAGAUCCAGAAUCUGGAGUUAAGACUUUCUGGAGAGUCUCGGACCUUUAGAGCUAAAUCCACACCAUCUCCGUCUGACUCCACUCCAGCUGUAGACCAACCAGUGGCAGCUGCAGGGCCAGGAGCAGCUUCCGACAGCUCCUCUCAGGUUGUGAGGCCCAAGGAUAAGGCGCUCAGUGCCACUGCUGCCCACAGCCACCAGCAGGAGAUGCCUCCCUCUGACUGCACGGGCUCUGGGUUAAGGAAGGUCAAGGCCCCAGGUGCUUCCAGGGGGGAUCAGCAGACUGGAUCCUGUGUCACCCGAGGCACCCAGACCAAGAAGUUGGGGAGAAGUGGGCAGGCCAAGCAUCGAGGCCAGCAGCCCACAGCCAGCAGCCCCAGUGGGCAGCAGCCAUCAGCAGCAAGCAGUGAUGCGCGAGACGCCUCGCAAGCCCUGGAGCUGACCCAGUACUUUUUUGAGGCCGUCUCUGCACAGAUGGAAAAGUGGUAUGAACGGAAAAUUGAAGAGGCGCGAAGCCAAGCCAGUCAGAAAGCUCAGCAGGAUGAGGCCACGUUGAAGGAGCACAUCAGAAGCCUGGAGGAGGAGCUUGCCAGGCUGCGGACAAAGGUGCACAAGUAAAAGCCAGACCCGCUGGUGGACCCAACGGGGUUUCUGGCUUGAUAACAGCCAAGUAUCAGCGUCCCAGGAGUUGGUUAUCACGCACAAGGUGGACUUGCCUUUCAGAAAGUCACGAAUGUGUUGCGGACACAUAUUUCCUGUGCUCUGAAGUUACAAGGCCUUCACUGGUUAAAGUGAAUCCUGGUAAUAUGUUCACAAAAAAGCAAGCCACACCAAGAUGAGGUGUGUGCCCAAGUCUGCAAUUCAGUGACUUGAACUGUGUCAGAAGCAAAGCGGAUUACUCUGGGAACCCAGUAGUCAUUCACAGCUGCUGUGCCACGACGGUCCUUCUAAACAGCUGGGAUGCAGAUGCGAGAAGCCCCUCUCCUCCCAUCUAACUCAAGAUGCUCAUCUUUUAAAGGGGUGAAAAGCAUUCAGGUUUUGAGGAAAUACAUUGUAAUGAUCUCAGUGUCCAGUGUAUCUUAAAGUAAGUUUAAGGGUCAUGUAAAUAAGGAGUAAUUGCUGACUGUCAAACGAGUAAGGUUUAAAAUAUUGGUCAGUUACUGUGGUUUUAGCCAAAUUAAUGAGCAGAUUAAUGUCAAAAAUUCACCAAACAACUCCUGCUGGUUACCUUAGAUUGCCUUUCUAAAGUCAAGACUUCUGCUGUUUGGUAAAUAAGACAGAAUCAUGAAAGCUUAAUUUUGAAUUGACUUCUCAUUGAAGAACAUCAAGCCAUCAGAAGGCUUUACUUGUCCACUGAGCAAGAUGUAACAGACUGAGGUGGUGACGAUAUCUGGGUUGGGACCUAGGAUUUGUCUUCUGAUCCUUUGGAACACAGAACACGGAUUAUGUCCGCCUCCACGAUCCACAUAUGCAUAGAAACGUCUGUUUCUCUAAGCCUAAGGACCUCAUAACUACUGUCCAUGAAUUGUGACUAAAAUGCUGUUCAUUGAGCCAAAGAGAAGUGACCUUUGUGAAAUAGUAUGCAUUCAUCCCUUUGUCAAGCCAAGUUCUUCCUUUUUCUUAUAGUGACAAUCCAUGGAUGUAGACAUUCCUGUAAACAUGCAGGGUAGAUAUAUGCGUACAGAAUCUAGUGAGGCCAGUUAUUUCAUGGGACUGACUGUCCUCAGCCUCUUGGGAGGUGCAGCCCUUUCCGAUUCUCCUUCACUCGAGUCCUGUCCUCAGCUCACUUGCCCGAGCCCUGCUAUGAUACUCCCUGGACAAAAAUGUCACUCACUCCUGUAGGAUCAUUCCUUAUUUAUACACCAAAUUCUUGGGAACUGCCUAAGUAAGAGAUGAAACCCCGAGUUCAGCAAGUUAUGCUCCAAGCAGGAGUUAUUUUCACUAUUAGAAUACUUAUUACCUCAAGAUACCCUUGACAAGAAAUGCAGAAAUCAACUGUAAUUGAACAUCAAAUCUAGACCACAGACUACCUUGGUGGCAGUACUUUGAUGAUAUACCUCCUACCCAUCAGAAGCAGGCAGCUUAUCACUGUGAAUGGAUGUUUUUGUCAAGUCCUUAAGCAUAAAGCCAGGCUAUUGGAUAAGGCCAGUCAGCCCCUAACCCACAGGAUUAACUUCUAAGGAAGUGGUGGUUGGCUUGUUUUGGAAGGCUCUACUCUGUACUCUAGACUGGCUUUGAACUUGUCAUCUUCCUGUCUCAGCCACCUGAAUUCUGGGAUUAAAGGAGUGAGUCCCAUGGCUAAUUCUGUGUUGUUUGUAACACCCGUCUUAGGUUUGUUGCAGUUGUAAAGCACUGAAGAUCAGCUGUGUCUUUUCCCCUUGUGCUAUGUGCAAAAACAAGCAAAUAUCCCAGCUGUACUUUUACAGGUAACUGUUUAUAUCACAUACUCUCACACAGAUCAUGCUUCAACCUGAGGCCUAGGAAGCAUCAACAGCUGUGGAGAAACACGUUAUAAAACAGUAAUGUUGUGUAUUAUCAAUGUCCUUUUUAAAAACAAAUAAUUGUUAGCACAUCCCUUAGAAUGUAUUCUGAGUAUCUGUGACAGGGUGAAAGUGUUAGUCUAGCAUCGCUUUUUAUUUGAGGAGUCCAGAAUACAGGUUUUUCAUGUUUAGGUUUGUGUGUGCAAGGCAUGUUGUCUGAUUUUAUGACCUGGAACUUGUGUCUCCUAUAAGCAUUAAAUCUUGUUUUCAGUU